ACAGGACUAUCCGGCAGCUGGGGGCGUUUCCACGGCAGCAGAGGCGGAGUACUUACAUUUGAGAGGGAGACAUAGGAGAUAGCACUGCCAAGUGUGAGAGUGUAUCAAGAAAUGUUCGAUGAUUUCAUUUGGCUUUGGUUCUGACUAUUAUCGUUACAAGCUGCUUUGUGAACAUGAAGCUGCCAGAAUUAAAAGACACAAUUAGUCGCUUCAGAUUUGCACAAUCCUGUGUGGGUCUAAGUGGUUGCCUGUGUGUGUCCUAUGCUGUCUGGACACCAUUCUGGUUCAAGCAGGAGGGACUCUGGAGGGACUGGAAUACCACAAAGGACGACCGAGGCAGUGACGGUGUGGCCUUUGACGCCCUGGAAGCAGAGAGAGUGUUUGGGGUUUUGUCCUUCCUGUUGGCCCUGAGCACGGGGGCUCUCUCGCUGGUCUUUGCUCUCUGUUGGACAUCUCAGACGGUGCGUUCCUACUCCAACACCCGCUCUCUACUCAUGGUCGGCCAGGCCCUCUACCCCACGACCUUGCUCCUCCUCACCAUGUUCUCCACAGGUUUCUUCUUCCUCCUCAGCUGGUCAAUAUUCACCUAUCAUCAUAGGGAAGAAAUCAAGCAGGACUUCUCCUCCUUGGGCUCCUCCUAUUGGUUCGGGGCUUUAGGCUGGACCCUGCUAUUAGUUGUGGAAACGAUCAUCUUUGUGGCCGAGCAAAUGAUCGUGCCGGACAUUCUGGAAGACCUGGAAAAAGCAGUGCGGUCAUGGCGGGUCACUUCUAAGCCGAGUCGCUGCUUCAGCGAUGGGUAUUGUCAUCCUGUACACAGUCACAAUAAAGUAGCGCCAAAGAGGUUCUUGUCAGCACCCGGACAACUUCACAUGAACACACAGAUUUAGAGGGACAUAUACAAACAUAAGGACCCAUUGUCCCGUUUGCGCUUUAGUGUUUUUUACCCACUUGAAGUUACGCUUGUUUUUCCACCUAUCCUGCCUGCGGACACGCUCACCUUGUGUACAGUAAGUCAGGCCAAAGUGCGUAAAUCGUGAAUGAAGGCAGGCUCUUCACUAAAGGAUAGGAUAGGUCUUUAUCGUCAUCGCACAAGUACAACAAAACUUUGUUUUCAGCACAAACCUGUUCAAGAUUAGACAAACAAACAGUGUACAGGGUUACAGAACAAGAACGCUGAUGGGUCGCCAUAAGGCGCCCCGUAAAAGAUGGGAAAAAGGUAAACGCUGGGGAAGGAUGAGUAAAAAAAUACAAUCUAGACAGGGCUCCUAAGGGGGCCCAGUCUGGAGUGGGAAAAAAACCUCCGUAGCAAAGCACAUAUAUAUAUUACAACAUACAUCUCGAGAUAUCUAGCAACAGAGGGAAGGUAGUUCAAGGUCAUGGUGGUAGGUCGCAGCUCUCAGGCGCUGACCAUCCAUUCAUCACCCCUACGGGAUUUGCGUCGAGGGCGUUGGGUUGGAGGUGUUGAAUGUGUGGCAUAUAUUUUUGUGGUGUGUGUGUAUAAGCCCGUAGUGUGUCUCCGUUCCGCGGCCUUGAUGUAUUGUGCUGUCUCGUCUAAAGUCAACAACAACAGGUGUGUGUCCAUGAGAGACAAGAAGGGAGUUUGUUGUGUCUUCGCCGCACUGUCCUUCGGGAGAGUCUCGAAGCCAGGGAAACAAUCCAAGUUAGAAUGAUUUUGUAUGCAAGUGAAAAUAAAAUUAGCUUUUCACUCCAAAUUGUCUAUGACUGGUCCUCAAAAACUGCGGGGUAGACAGUCCGAUGUAAUCCAAAGUUCUUCCCGCAUCCUCCAAUCAUUUGUGGCAGCUUUGGGGUACUUUGAAGACUGCCAGCAACUUCCAAUUUGUCGACAAACCAGAGCAACACUUACUUCAAUCAGCAGAUGUCCUGUUGUCAUAAUUCCAAAUAGGUGGAUAUCUUCACAUCCUCGACAGAAAAGGGUCGCCAGGCACGCGACCCUCCUUCUUCUCCCAAGAGUCCGUGGUGUGUCCAGCAAUAACCGCUUCGUCACGACAGCAGGUUCCCCCAAACCCAAGAUCUUGUCAAUUUUGUUGAGGCCGGUUAAAUAGUUCCAAUGUUUAGAUUCGGAGAGCAGUGCAAAAAGAGGCAACAAGAAAGUUAAGACAAGACAAAACAAAGAAGCAAGCAGGAGAGAUAAGGGAGAGGAAAGGGGAGCGUCCACCCUCGAUGAGUCCCAGAGAGAAAAAGGGCAGACUUUGCCACGAAGACUUUUUUUGGUUGCAUGAUGGAGUUUUACAAAGACUUGUGAAAUGGGCUGCGCUAUAUGGACCAAAACUGGUACCCCAAUAUUUUUAGUUGGAAGACCAGUAUCUGAUAUAUACCGGUUCUAGUGUUGUCCCGAUAACGAUAUUUUGGUACUUAGAUGAUUGAUACUUUUCUAAAUAAAGGGGACCACAAAAAAUUUCAUUAUUGGCUUUAUUUUAACAAAAAAAUCUUAUGGUACAUUAAACAUAUGUUUAUUAUUACAAGUUUGUCCUUUAAUAAAAUAGUGAACAUACAAGACAACUUGUCUUUUAGUAGUAAGCAAACAAAGGAUUUCCAUUCUAAUAUUUUGUCAAAAUUAUUAAGGACAAGUGACGAUCAAGCGAACAUGGAUCCCGACUAAAUGUCGACCCGGCAGUUUUCGGUGAGAAAAUUGUGGAAAUAAGUCGCCUCUUACCGGAGCGCAGCGGAGCUUCUGUCGUGCUGCAGCUGCCGUUGACUUCCCUCAGAGACUGGCGUCAAGACACCCGUGGACACACCCCUCCGACUAUCAGGUACUAUUUAACUCACUAAAACACUAGGAACACAAUAGAAAGAUAAGGGAUUUCCCAGAAUUAUCCCAGUAAAUGUGUCUAAAAACAUCUGAAUCGCUCCCAAUGCAAUCGCCUUUUCUUUUUUUUUUACUUUUUUUUUUUUUUCUUCCUAGUCCGUCACUCUAAAUUUCCUCAUCCACGAAUCUUUCAUCCUCGUUAAAAUUAAUGGGGAAAUUGUCGCUUUCUGGGUCUGAAUAGCUUUUUGCUGCUGGAGGCUCACAUUAUAAACAAUGUGAGGAUGUGAAGAGCCCUACAACCAGGUACGUCACGCGCACAUCGUCUGCUACUUCCGGUAAAGGCAAGGCUUUUUUAUUAGCGAACAAAAGUUGCGAUUUUUAUCGUCGAUGUUCUCCACUAAAUCCUUUCAGCAAAAAUAUGGCAAUAUCGCAAAAUGAUCAAGUAUGACACAUAGAAUGGACCUGCUAUCCCCGUUUAAAUAAUAACAUCUCAUUUCAGUAGCCCUUUCAGUAUUAAUCUACUUGUCUAUUUAUUGUUAAUAUCUGCUUACUUUGUCUUUUAACAUUUUCUAUCCACACUUCUGUUAAAAUGUAAUAAUCACUUAUUCUUCUGCUGUUUGACACAUUACAUUAAUUUUGGAUGAUACCAGAAAUUUAGGUAUCGAUCCGAUACUAAGUAGUUACAUGAUUAUACAUUGGUCAUAUUCAAAAUCCUUAUGUGUGCAGGGACAUAUUUCCCGAGUUUAUAAACAUAACAUAAAUAAAUGAAAAAUGAAAUCCAUGAAAAACAGUUUGAAUGAGAAAAAAAAGUAUCAAUCCAGGCAUUGCUUGUCAUGUGUACGUGGGUUGCCAUGGUGAUCUAGUGUGUCAAUGAAAGCUAUGGCAGCUUUUUCUUCCUGGCUGGAUACGAGUAAUACUCUGUAGAUGAAACUUUAUUUUCAUGUUAUUAUAACCACACUCAUGUUAUUUGUGAUGUUAAGAGUUAUGUUUCAUACAAAUUAGGGUUGUACCAAUACUAAUAUUUUGGGGCCGGUACCAAAAUGUAUUUCGAUACUUUCCUAAAUAAAGGGGACAGCAAAGAAUGACAACUAGACAAUUUUUUUUAGUAGUAAGUAAGCAAACAAAGGCUUCCUUAUUUUUCUGCUGACGUUUGCAUUAACCUAUUGACAAAGAGGUAACAGGGAGACAGCAAGUACGCGGGAGGGGAAACCAGCGAUGGGAUGCUUACUCCAAAGAGAAACUGCGUUCCGGCGUAGGUUCCAUUGGGCCGCUGGUCUUUAUGCUGCUCGUCUUGAUUAGUCCCAAGUGCGCUGAUUGCCCGGGCCGCGGCAGAAACUUUAUUGCAGAGAGAACAUAAUGAAACUUAUGUUUAAUUAUCCACCCAUUUUCUACCGCUUAUUCCCUUUUAGGGGUCGCUGGCGCCUAUCUCAGCUACAAUCGGGCGGAAGGCGGGGUACACCCUGAACAAGUCGCCACCUCAUCGCAGGGCCAACACAGAUAUCCCCAGGUGCAUGUUUUUGGAAGUGGGAGGAAGCCGGAGUACCCGGAGGGAACCCACGCAUUCACAGGGAGAACAUGCAAACUCCACACAGAAAGAUCCCGGGCCUAGACCUAGUUAAUUCAAACUAUAGUGAACAAAAAAUGUACUAAAACCAAAGGUUGCGACCUUGAGAAAAAUGUAAACCUAAAUUAAUUUUUAAACUAAGCCAAAGUUUUAAACAGAAAGGGAUUGAACCAUUUUAUCUUAUUGUUUAUGCACUGUAUGUCUAUGUUUUUAUUUUCAAAUUAUAAGUCGUCAGUUAAAACUUACUUUUGGUCUGUGGUCUUUUACUACACUUAAAGGCCUACUGAAAUGAGAUGUUCUUAUUUAAACGGGGAUAGCAGGUCCUUUCUAUGUGUCAUACUUGAUCAUUUCGUGAUAUUGCCAUAUUUUUGCUGAAAGGAUUUAGUACCGGAAGUAGCAAACAAUGUGCGCGUGACGUCACGGGUUGUAGGGCUCCUCACAUCCUCACAUUGUUCAUAAUCAUAGCCACCAGCAGCAAGAGCGAUUCGGACCGAGAAAACGACGAUUUUCUCAUUAAUUUGAGCGAAGAUGAAAGAUUUGUGGAUGAGGAAAGUUAGAGUGAAGUAAAAAACAAACAAAAAAAAGGCGACGGCAGUGGGAGCGAUUCAGAUGUUAUUAGACACAUUUACUAGGAUAAUUCUAGAAAAUCCCUUAUUUGCUUAUUGUGUUACCAGUGUUUUAGUGAGAUUAUAAAGUCAUACCUCAAAGUCAGAGGGCUGCGGUGAAGGAGCCAAGAAAGUCACAGCUGCCUUUUUGACAGCUGCUGCAGAAGGACGCAAACUCCGCUCAAGUCUGCGGUAAGAGCCGACUUAAUAUCACUAUUUUUUAAUCCAAAAACUUGCUGAUUGACAUGUGGUAGAGAAACAUGUUCGCUUGACCGCUCUGUUCCAUGUUAAAGCUUCACAACAAACAAAGAAACACCGGCUGUGUUUUGGUUGCUAAAGGCAGCUGCAAUCCACCGCUUUCCACCAACAGCAUUCUUCUUUAUAGUCUCCAUUAUUAAUUGAACACAUUGCAAAAGAUUCAGCAACACAGAUGUCCAAAUUACUGUGUAGUUAUGCGAUUAAAGCAGACGACUUUUAGCCGUGAGUGGUGCUGGGAUUAAAUGUCCGCUCCAACCAAUAACGUCACAAACACGCGUCAUCAGAAGCGUCAUCAUUCCGCGACGUUUUCAACAGGAUACCUCGUGGGAAAUUUAAAAUUGCAAUUUAGUAAACUAAAAAGGCCGUAUUGGCAUGUGUUGCAAUGUUAAUAUUUCAUCAUUGAUUUAUAAACUAUCAGACUGCGUGGUGGGUAGUAGUGGGUUUCAGUAGGCCUUGAAAACAAAAAUGUAUCCAGUAGUUGAAUCUUGCUAAACUUAGAGCAAUAAAGGGAAUACUAGAUUAGUAUAUUACCCUGUAAUUACCACUUUUCUUCCAGAUGGAGAGUAUUUUGGUUGAUGUGUUCAAAAUAAAGGAUGAGACCAGAACUAUUAAUAUCCUAAUCCUUUUUUGUACUGAAAAAAUUUAGUUUAUUCAUAGAAAAGUAGAGUUCCCACCACAGAAGAUGGAUCAGGCUUGUUAGUUUUCCCCAUGUUUACCAAUUCUAAACCAUUUGUUUUCAUUAUUUGAGUAUCCGAAGGCAAAUAAACAGAAUACAAAAACAUCCGUCUUAGCUAAAUAAACAGCAUGUUUUUUUUAAAUCCAACUGUUUGUUGUAUUAGGCACAACAAUAUAUUGUUACAUCACAAGUGAAAAAUGUGUUGCCAGCAUAAAGUUGCAGCUGCCAAGCAUUUUGACCACCAGACGACAGACCGCCUGCAAAGAUAUUAUUUAAUGUUGUCUCGCACGUUCCCACAAGGACACCGAGCAGGGGGGUUCUCAGCUACUUAUGCUCGUAUUUUCAUUGUGCCAAAGUGGGAGAAAUUAAGUAGCUCCAGCUUUGUUAAUUGGGCGUUAAUCAGGGGAUGCGCUGAUUAAAAGGCAGUUUCGCCCUGUUGGACCCUGCUAAUGAGUUUGUUAUUAAAUCCACAGAGUGUUUUGGUCUCUUUUUCAAUUUAACAACAGGGUAGUGCUUAAUUGCAGUGCAAAUGAGGCAAAUGUCCUUGAGGGUCACCCUGAAUCAGCUCAGAAACCACAAAAAGGAAUCUUGCACAAGGCCAAACGUGCCACACCUGGACCCACUUACGGUAACACCUAAAGCACGGUGUGUUUGGUUUGUGUGAGCGCCUGCACCAGUGUUGGCGUUAACGCGCUUUUUGUGUCUUUUCAUGCAUCGAAAUCAGAAAGGACGCGGAUAAUUUUUUUAACCAAUUAUCACUUUCCACCGGUAUUUUGUUUUGUUUAUAUUUGCCGGGUCAAAUUAUUAAUUUUAAUCGACUUCAAAGUAAUGCACUUUCUGGUACAAUUUCUUAAAAUUUUAAUUCGCCGAAAGAUAUAUCGAUCACAAAUACUGCAUUUCCAGUAUUAGGACUCCCAAUCCAAUCCAAUCCACUUUAUUUAUGUAGAACAUUUAAACAACAAACAUGUUUCCAAAGUGCUGCACAAAAAUAUUAAAAACAAGAUUCAGUGGCGUAGUGGUUAGAGUGUCCGCCCUGAGAUCGGUAGGUUGUGAGUUCAUACCAAAGACUAUAAAAAUAGGACCUAUUACCUCCCUGCCUGGCACUCAGCAUCAAGGGUUGGAAUUGGGGGUUAAAUCACCAAAAAUGAUCCCCUCACCUCCCAGGGGGUGAUCAAGGGUGAUGGGUCAAAUGCAGAGAAUAAUUUCGCCACACCUAGUGUGUGUGUGACAAUCAUUGGUACUUUAACUUUUUAACUAAAUGCCAUUCUUAGCUCCACCAAUGACUGAAAAAACCAAAAUAAAUAAAUAUAAAAACAAUAUAAAAAUCAAUAUGAUUAAAAAUUAUUUAAAGGUUAAAACAUCCAUCCAUCCAUCCAUCAUCUUCCGCUUAUCCGAGGUCGGGUCGCGGGGGCAACAGCCUAAGCAGGGAAACCCAGACUUCCCUCUCCCCAGCCACUUCGUCUAGCUCUUCUCGGGGGAUCCCGAGGCGUUCCCAGGCCAGCCGGGAGACAGAGUCUUCCCAACGUGUCCUGGGUCUUCCCCGUGGCCUCCUACCGGUUGGACGUGCCCUAAACACCUCCCUAGGGAGGCUUUCGGGUGGCAUCCUGACCAGAUGCCCGAACCACCUCAUCUGGCUCCUCUCGAUGUGAAGGAGCAGCGGCUUUACUUUGAAUUCCUCCCGGAUGGCAGAGCUUCUCACCCUAUCUCUAAGGGAGAGCCCCGCCACACGGCGGAGGAAACUCAUUUGGGCCGCUUGUACCCGUGAUCUUAUCCUUUUGGUCAUGACCCAAAGCUCAUGACCAUAGGUGAGGAUGGGAACGUAGAUCGACCGGUAAAUUGAGAGCUUUGCCUUCCGGCUCAGCUCCUUCUUCACCACAACGGAUCGGUACAACGUCCGCAUUACUGAAGACGCCGCACCGAUCCGCCUGUCGAUCUCACGAUCCACUCUUCCCUCACUCGUGAACAAGACUCCUAGGUACUUCAACUCCUCCACUUGGGGCAGAGAACCAUGGACUCGGACUUGGAGGUGCUGAUUCUCAUUCCGGUCGCUUCCCACUCGGCUGCGAACCGAUCCAGCGAGAGCUGAAGAUCCCGGUCAGAUGAAGCCAUCAGGACCACAUCAUUUGCAAAAAGCAGAGACCUAAUCCUGCGGUUACCAAACCGGAACCCCUCAACGCCUUGACUGCGCCUAGAAAUUCUGUCCAUAAAAGUUAUGAACAGAAUCGGUGACAAAGGACAGCCUUGGCGGAGUCCAACCCUCACUGGAAAUGUGUUCGACUUACUGCCGGCAAUGCGGACCAAGCUCUGGCACUGAUCGUACAGGGAGCGGACCGCCACAAUAAGACAGUCCGAUACCCCAUACUCUCCGAGCACUCCCUACAGGACUUCCCGAGGGACACCGUCGAAUGCCUUCUCCAAGUCCACAAAGCACAUGUAGACCGGUUGGGCAAACUCCCAUGCACCCUCAAGAACCCUGCCGAGAGUAUAGAGCUGGUCCACAGUUCCACGACCAGGACGAAAACCACACUGUUAAAACAAUAAAUACAAAAAAAAAUGGUGUUAUUGUUUUCGUCACAGUGAGCAAUAAACCCAAGAAGCGAAGCUUCAAUAAAAAGUGGCAUCAGAAGCCACUUAUGAAGAUGGAAAGAUGUUUUGCUCGCCACGUAAACGGGCUAAUAAAAAGAAUACCUAUAUAACCGGGUGCACUGAUUUUCAGAAAUAUCCAGCCUCACGACACACCAAGAAACAGCCUCCAAUUUGUGUCUCUACAGUUCCGCUCUUUGGUCGGAAUGACGAGGCCGUUAAAUUGGGACAACUUUUUAUUUAUAUUUUCCACAAAGCCAACAAGACAUCCACCAUGCUAGUAACACUCCUGAACAUGCUAGCGCUCCCUCUCCUAACUUGCCCACUCACUUACACACGUCAUUCACCCCACAUAGCUUCUUCUUAAAAGAGGAACACACAUCUUAUGGCCAUCACAAAGCCAGAGAUGAACUGUUGGAGGCAUUGGGCCCCAUUCAGCAAUAAGUUCCCAACUUUUGCUCUCAUGUUUCUUCCCAGUGAUUUCCUAAGAGGAGUCCAUUCAAAUUCCUGACGUGUUUUUAAACUGCCAAACUGUCAAUAUCAAAUGGUUAGCGCGUGGGUGUCUAUCAUAAUUUGCAUAUAAACACGCCCUUAUUUCCCCAAUAUGCAUUUGUAAACACCCUUAACCCUUCUAUUAUGUUAAGGGUCAAUGUGACCCAUUUCAGUUUUUGUGUUGAUCAAAGUACUGGUUAUCCUUUCUUUUUCUUGCUGAAAUUUGGUGAUUUUUCCUCAUCUAGGGUCAUGAACUGGUGUGUAAAAUCUGGACACUUUGAUGUGUAGUGGAAUGUCUCGCAGAGUUUGUAUACAAAGAUGAUGUUGCGGGUCAUUUUGACCCAUACGCUUUUAUGUGGGUAAAUAGCUUUUUCGAUCCAGAAUAAACAUGUCUCCUUGAUGUGCUUUUUA